UUCCAUAUAAAAGCGCUAAGCCGAACCGACAAAAUCAUCAGUCCCAACUUCAUUGCAAUUCAAGCAACAAAUCAACCAAAAUCUCAAAAUGUUCAAAUACUUCGCAUUCUUCGCUCUCCUCGCCGUUGCCGCUGCCAAGCCUGGUCUGCUCGCCGAGACACACACCAUCGUCCAACCAGCUGUGGUUGCUAAAACUGCCUACGUCGAUACAAGCGCCUCCUCGGCCAUAACUCACCAGAGCCACGUUAACCUAGUCAGGAAGGUGCCUGUAGUGCCAGUUGUCCACGCCGCUCCCGUCGUACACGCUGCUCCCGUUGUGAAAACCAUCUCCGCACCAGUUGUGCAUGCCGCCCCCGUAGUACACUCAGCUCCAGUCGUCCAUGCCGCUCCAUUGGUUCAUGCUGCCCCCGUUUUCCAUGCUGCAUCAGUCGUACAUGCCGCCCCAGUUGUACACUCCGUGGUCCACACAGCUCCUCUAGUCAAAACUGUAGCCUCAGCUCCAGUGGCCUACAGCAUCCACCACUAAGUCAGAAAAUAACUGGAUUGUAAUUUUUAGAAAAACAAAAAUGAUUUGACAACUUAAAAUAAAAACGAUACAAACUAUUUAAAGGAAAAAU